AUGUCAUGUGAUUUUGUGACCAUAAUCCGCAGUGCUCUUCGGGCGACCUACGAACAAACGGGAGGAGGGAACAUGGCCUUGAAAGCAGCUCUAGACAAAACAUUGGAUGAAGCGUUAAAAGUGGAGACUGAACGGCGCUUGGGUUUGGCCGAUUUGGAUUGGUACGAGAGGAAUUAUGUUCCAUACCCGCGACGUUGGGACUACCAUUUACCCUAUUACGACAGGGCGCGCUUAGCGCACACACUAGCUCUGACUCAUAACGUGUACAAACCGUGGGAACCGAAAGUCGAUGAUGAUCUAUCCGAGUUUGCUGGUUUUGUUGUUGACCAGUCAAUCGAAGAAUGA